AUGGAUUCCUUCGGUUUGCUGUUUCUACUUGCAACUUUCUCUUCCCUUUUUGUCCAGUGCUCUUCUUCUCCCGUCUUGCAAGCUGCUCUUGAUAACAGCACACAUGCUUACUAUAACUGCACAAAGAACAGCACUUCUGCAACCUAUAACACUUACCGUUCCAACAUCAAAACACUCCUGGAUUUGCUCUCCUCCAAAAGCAUUAAUGCCACAUAUUACAACGCCACAGUUGUUAGUGAUAACAACGUGGACACUGUCUACGGUCUCUUCCUUUGUACUAGAGACAUUGACCUCAAAAUCUGCAAGAUGUGUGUGAUAGAAGCAGCCAAACUCAUAUCAUCACUGUGCGCUACUGCAAAAGAAGCCAUAGUUUGGUACACAGUGUGCUAUGUGCGCUAUUCUGAUAAUAGCUUCUUUUCCGUCGUUGAGAAAACUCCAGAAAUUUCUUUCAUGAAUGAUAAUGAUUAUGUUGGUCAGGUGGGACUCUUCAACAACAUUCUUUGGGAUAUGUUGAACGAUUUGAGAAAUGCAGCAGCAAACUCUUCUGCUAAGUUGGCUGACAAGUCGGCGAAUAUCACAGAAAACCAAAAACUAUAUGCCUAUGCUUGGUGCCUCCCAUACCUGUCUGCAGAGAACUGCGGCUGGUGUCUUAGCGAUGCCAUAGCAGAAGUUCCAACCAGUUGCUGUAGAGGAAAAUCUGGAGGCACAAUAUUGUAUCCCAGUUGUGGUAUUAGAUUCGAAUUAUAUCCAUUCCACAAGAUACACGACAGUAUUUCUUGGGUGCCAACGUCACCCAUAAGUCCUCGCUCUUUAGCUCCACCAGGAAAACAGAAGACAAUAACAAUAUUUGAGAUCACUGUUCCAACUACUGUUUUAAUGGUGCUUUUAGUCUUGGGAUACUGUUGCUUUCUAUAUAGAAAAGGAAGAAAGAGCAAGCAUGAUAUUCUCAAAGAAAGCUUUGGAAAUGACAUUACCACUUUGGAGUCCCUGCAAUUUGAAUUUGCCCAAAUUGAAGCAGCAACAAACAGAUUUGCUGCAGCAAACAGGAUAGGCAAAGGUGGAUUUGGAGAAGUCUACAAGGGAAUUCUUUCAGAUGGACAAGAAAUUGCUGUGAAGAGGCUUACAAGAAGCUCUGGACAAGGUGCAGUAGAGUUUAAAAAUGAGGUUCAAGUCAUAGCCAAGCUUCAACACCGAAAUCUAGUGAGAUUACUAGGAUUUUGUUUGGAAGAUGAGGAGAAGAUACUUAUCUACGAGUAUGUGCCAAACAAGAGUCUUGAUUACUUUUUAUUUGAUCCCCAGAAGAGAAAGCUACUAUCUUGGUCUCAACGUCAGAAGAUCAUUAAAGGAAUUGCCCGUGGAAUUCUAUAUCUCCAUGAAGAUUCUCGCCUCAAAAUAAUACAUCGCGAUCUGAAACCUAGCAAUGUCUUGUUAGAUAGUAAUAUGAAUCCAAAAAUAUCAGAUUUUGGCAUGGCUAGAAUUGUAUCUAUAGAUCAAAUUGAAGAAAGCACAUGCACGAUUGUAGGGACAUAUGGUUAUAUAUCUCCAGAAUAUGCGAUGCACGGAUACUUUUCUGUGAAAUCCGACGUGUAUAGUUUUGGAAUCAUGGUUCUAGAGAUUAUUAGUGGAAAGCGGAAAGGUUGUUCUUCUGAAUCAGAGUGUAUCGAUGACAUCCGGAGAUAUGCAUGGAUAAAAUGGGCAUUGCAAACACCACUUGAACUAAUGGAUUCUAGUAUUGAAGGAACCUAUUCCCAAGAAGAAGUCAUCAAGUACAUCCACAUUGGUCUUUUAUGUGUUCAGGAAGAUCCAGAUGAAAGACCUACAAUGGCAACAAUUGGAUUCUACCUGAACAGCUCUUCAAUCAACUUGCCAUCCCCUCUUGAACCACCCUAUUUUAAGCGUAGCGGAAAUGAAGAAAACACGGCCCCCAACAAAGAAUCGGCCAAUAUUGGUGAUUCGACCAACGGAAUCACUAUUACUCAAUUCUUUCCUCGUUGA